AUGCACGCCGACAACGCAAGAAGGAGAUGCGCCGACGACUGGAGCGUGUCCAAGGGGCCGAAUGUGGACGCGGGGGGGACUGCUCGCGGCGACCCGAAUCCCAGCGACGACCAGGCGACCCCCUCCCCCGCGUCGCCGGAGAUCGCCGAGGAGAACGUUGCGCGGGGGAUCGCGCUCGCGGUGAGCGCUGGCCUGCCUGACCACGAGGGGAUGGGCGGCGAGGGGAGCGAGGACGUGCAGGAGAACGCUUACCCCCCUCCCCGCGCUGAUAGUGCUCGCGACGCUCAGGAGAAGGGCGGCGAGGAGAGGGCGGCUGUUGAGGGUGCCGCAGAGACGAGCAUCCGCGCUCCUGCCGCGGCUAACCGUCCGGGUGGUUCGACGCAACACGAGCGGGCGCCCACGAAUACUCCGGCGAGGCGGGGCGCGCGGCAGGACGAUGGGGAAGCGUUUGAACCCGCUCGAAGUGGUGCACAGGCUCGCUCGCGGAGGGGUGCGCAGGGAGACGCGGACGAGGCCCGGCAGGCGCAGGCUGCGGUAACGAGCUCUCCGCGGAACCCUCCAGCUCCGGAUCCCGUCUCACGGAUGCGUCCAUCACCCCCGAUCUUACCGCAGCCGACGCCAGUGCGGCGACGAAGCGAAAACGAGACGGCCGCGGCGCCGCAGACAAGGCGCGAGGGAGCUGCUGUGGGACGAGCAACGCGGGGAAUCCGCGUAGGACGCGGCAGCUGCCGCGGACGACGAGGCAACGAGAGAGGACGAAGAGGUGGUGGAGCACGAGGUUCGAACAGGUGCCGUUCUGGUGCAAGCGGCUAUGCGAGGAAUGUGGAAAGGCUGAUGCGAAACGGCGCGGAGGGCGACGUGGAACCACUUAGCGAGGAAGCAGAGGAGGAAGCGGAGAAUGAGGAAAGUGAAGAGGGGGACCCUGCCUUUAACCCUGAAAGCGAGGGGAUGUUAGAAGCAGAGGCCGAGGAGGAUGAGGAAGAGUUGAAGCUGCUACGGGAAGCGGAGCUCCCAAACCAGUAG